AUGGCGGACUUGCAAGAGCUGUUUGCCCGCCUCAAGAACCAGCAAUCCGAUCACUCACAAAAUUCGGCGCAGCAACAAGCUCAGCAGCCGAAUAUAUGGCAGCCGAAUCAGCAGUACCAGCAGCCUGCUGUCUCGUCGCCACUGUUCUCGCCGCCGAUUCAGACGCCGAAUCCUGUUCACUCUUCCAACAUCAUCAGUCCAGUCAAUCCAGCCUCCUCUGCGGGCACGCCAGCUCCUGAUGUCAACCGCACGAACAAUCUUCUGAACCUGCUCAAGUUCAACGGCCAGCCCGGUCAGCAGCAAGGCGGUCAGACCGGUGCAAUGGCCAAUCUACAGAACGUCAAUGCCAACCGACAUUCCUCAUCUCAGACCCGCGACGCCGGAAGCUCACGACCACUCUCGGCCGCUGAUCUGAUGUCGAGCCUGCGCGGUCCAUCGUCUACUCGAGCAAGUCCAUCUCCAAUGGCCGGCGGUGGUGCCGAAAAGAGUGAGGGACAGGCUGCAAGUCCCAAUGCGCAAGAUUUCUUGCUCAAUCUUCUCACCAAACCAAAGUCUCAGCAGCCGCCUAUCCAAGCAGUCGGAGAGCCCGUGGCUCCAAGUAUUGAGCGGGCGGAGAAGAAAGAGCCGGACGUGGAUAUAUUGGCGCAGAAUUUGGCCGCUACCAAGAUCGACACGGGUUCCCAAGCCCGCGCACACAGGGAGUCCACACCGGUUCGUCAGUUUGGGAGUCCUGCAGCCCAAACCUCACCAUUCGAGGCUCUGCAGCCGUCGAAGGCGCAAAUGUUCACAUACGUCAAUCCGUUUGAUCAGCUGAACAUGUCUUCGCCGCUCAACCGGACGCCUAAGCCUGAGCAACAAGCUGAAGUCGCACAUGCCGCCCAGCCGAAGAAGAUUGAAAUUCUGAAGCACACUCGCGAUGCUUCUUCUCAAAACGGAGAUGGCUCAGCCCACGCAACGAAGAGCAGGAAGAUGGGCUCGAAUGACACCGCAUCAGCGCAUGCUGCCGAUGAGAAGAAUCAGCAGAGCGUGUCGGAGGCGUUGGAAGAUGUUGGUGAACAAGUAGACAAGCAAGUUGAAGAGGCACUGGCCAAGGCGGGCGACAAGUCUGUUCCGAACAAGUCAGAUCCGACACAGGGAGGCGAUGCGGCAAACGAUGAGCCAACUGUGAAGAAAGAAGAGACCGAUGAUGUGGAGUCGAAUUGGGACAGCGCGGAAGACACGAACAAAGAAGAGUUCGAGGUGGAGGUGUACAACUUCCCCAUGAAGCCCUUCGUCUCGCUACAGAUUCAAAAAACGAAGCAGGCACAGCCGAUACGCCAGGACAACUUUAUGGUCAUUGCCUCUCUGAAGAAGGAAUUCGAUCAAGUUGACCGGUGUCUUGUUACUGCCACUCAAGCGCACAUUGUCUACGCUCAGGCCGCUGCCAAAAAGGACAACGGUGGUUUCCGCAUCAUUCGCCAAGACACAGGCGAUCACAAGCAAGUCUUCCGUUCUAGCGGCGAGCGCGUUUUCAGUGUCCAGCUCUGCACUAACGGCCAGCCAAGUAGCGACGUGGAGACUGUGCUUGGUACGGGCGUCAAUGGUUCUCUCUUCUGGAGCUUACUGGGCAAGUCGCGUGGUGACCUCUUUGCGGACGACGAUGUGGAAGCUAAGGGAUUCGCCAUGCCACCCUUGAAUACCGCAGAGGAAAACAAUUCCGGGUCGCCGGUGAAGACGCGCGCCAAGAUGAGCUGCCGGCAUCCGGACUUCUUUGCUGUUGCUAGGGGCAAACAGAUUUUCAUCGUUGGUCCAGAAACGGUCAGGAACUCCAUGUAUUGCGACGGAACCACCCGGAUUGUCGACAGUGAGAAGUUCUUCAACGAACACAGCCUUAAGAUCAACACCGGCAAAGCUGGCAAAGACUUCUGCUUCUCCGAGGAUGAUACUGUUAUUGUUAGCCUCGAUAAGAAUGGACGAUUCAAGUUCUGGGACAUCCGCGAGUUGUCACGUCGUGCCAGCAUUUUGCACGCCGACAAACAAGAGAGCGUGGAGCUGAAGGAGCCAUUGUGGACGAUGAUGUCCGCGGCAUCGGGCAGCAAACCAGAUGAGAAGCCAUCAGUGUCUUCCAUCCUCUUUCUCGACAAGGAUCGACCCUUCACUAAAGGGACUGCCCUCCGAUACAUGCUAAUUGGCUUCAAGCAAAACCACACUCUCCAGCUUUGGGAUCUGGGUCUUGGCAAGGCAGUGCAAGAGCUUCGGCUGCCACACGAGAAAGACAGCGAUGGCAUCUGCAGCAUAAGCUAUCACCCCAAGACUGGUAUCAUUGCUGUUGGCCAUCCGACCCGAAACAGCAUCUACUUCAUCCACCUUUCCGCUCCUAAGUACAAUCUUCCGGCGAUGGAGCAGGCAAAGUUUAUCAACAUGCUCGCACAAAAUGAUCCGGGUCUUCCCAAGCCUGAGAGCACGGCUAUCAUGAGUGGACUUAGGGAGUUCUCUUUCGCAAAAGUCGGACAACUUAGGAGUGUCGACAUGCUUCGCACUCCAGUUGAGACUGCCAGUGAGAAGAACAGCCCAGAAGAGACGCUAUUUGAGUUAUACGCUAUGCACUCCAAAGGCGUUGUCGGUAUCAGCGUCAAGCGCGAUGACCUGGGCUGGGAUGAUCAGAGCAAGAUGGUGAAUCCUAAGGAUGCCGUGAAGGAAGGUGUCGUCGAAGUUGGCGAUCUCAUUCAGCCAUCCAAGCAGCCCACUCCCAGCGAGCAAUCCAGCAACGCGGAAAACUCUGUUUCGAGACAGACUAGCAAGUCGGCCACAAGCAAGAAGCCAGAACCUACAAAGGCUCAAGCGCCACCUAAGGUCGAGAUCAAGAAGAAGGAAACAUCGCCCACUUCCGCGGCAAAUGGAACCGCACGCAUCGCUACUCCCGAGCCAUCUACGAAGCCAGUCUCUCAGGCCCCGACCAAUCCACCGCUGAUGACCCCUGAUUCUUACGCCCUAGCUGCGCAGCCCGCUAAAUCUUCAACGGCCGAAGAGCCAGCCGAGGAUGCCACCAAGAGAGCUGUCGCAUCUUCCAAGCAGGAUGGCGCUGCUUCAAACCUCAGCACUGAACGUCAGGACGUGGAGGCUUUGCUCACCAAGCAUUUCGAUUCGCUGUAUUCGCGCAUCGAGUCUGAUAAGCGUGUGCAAGAAGCCGCGGCUGGCGCGAAGCAAGAUGGUCUUCUACGAGUCGUAUCUUCCACCCUCACGGAGAACGUGGACCGUAGCCUCGCCAACAUCAUUUCCUCGCGCAUCGAGAAGGACGUAAUUCCAACUCUGACGGACGUCACAAGCAAGGUGGCAGAGCGCAAGAUUGCUGAGACUCUCCCUCAACAGCUGAAUGCAAGCGUGUCUUCGGCAAUAAAGUCUACAUUGUCCAACACGCUUCAGCAGGCGCUCAAAGACAAGGAUGUGCAACGUACCAUUUCGGAGACGACCGCCAGCGCUGUUUCUGCAAAGGUUCAGCAGCAAGUCUCGACCCUGUUGCAACAAUCACUUCCUAACAUGGCAACCCAAGCUGCACAGAAGAUGGUGGGCGAUCUAGAGAAGCGCUUGGGUCAGCAAAUGCAGCAAGCCGAGACCCAGCGACAGAAAGACAACGCCAAGAUUGAAGAAUUGUCCAACAUGGUCCGCAGCUUGUCUCACACGGUGCAGAACAUGGCGGCCAGCCAGUCUGCCUUCCAGGAGCAGAUUUUGAAGAUGCAGCGCGAGAGCAAGUCCAAUGCCGGCUCUGCAAGAUCUAACACAUCUGGUAGUGCAGCCCAAGACCCACCAGCUCAACCUGAGCAGGACAAUGAGGUCACGGAAAUGGCGCAGAAGCUCAUGCAAGGACAGUACGAGGAGGCAACGAUUCAGGUAUGUAUAUAUUUCGUCGGGUCAGUGUUCGAGUGCUAAUCUGCUUGUAGUGGAUUUCAUCCGACCGUCAAGCCGAGAUCUUCGACAGGCUUUUCGUGAGAGUCGAUCCAGACUAUUUGCGACAAGUCUCGCCACUCGUCGCGCUCACGGUCUCUGCCGCCUUGACGUCCAGCUUCGACACCAACCUCAAGGAGCGUCUCGAUUGGCUGGGCAGAGUCCUGGCUCAAAUCGACAUGAGAGACAGCGACAUUAGGGAUGUCGCUCCUAAGAUCAUGGACGUGCUGUCGCAGCGCCUGCAGGGAGCCUACAUGGAGAUCUCCGAGGCCAAUCCGAGCGACACUUCGCUCAAAAGCAUCAGCCAGCUUAAUCGGUUGGUCAACGAGAUCCGGAGAAUGGCCUCCUGA